ACCACCACCUUAUCGUCUCCGUAAUUCCCUACAAUACACCAAUUUGAUUCUUGGUUCCUUUAGAUUCACAAAAAUCUUCCUAAAUCAUAACCCCAUUAUAUAUACACAAUUCCUUCAUCCAAUGUACAAAAAAAAAGAUCAUUAAUAUCCCAUAACAUAUUCAUCUGAAUUCUUCUUUCUUUCUUAUGAACGCCAUCAAGAUUUCCAAAAUGAUAUUCGGUUGCAGGCUUUUUAACCAAAGCCGAAGCGUUUUGGGAUUCAUCAAAUCCCCGAACUCAAAUCGCAGCCUCCACAUCUCGUUACCACGAUUUUUGGGUCUUCGAUGCGCGAUCAAUCAAACUCACAAACAAUAUUCUGUUUCCUAUCCAAAAUGGGGCCGGUCUCGGGUUUUUCCAGCCACAUGUUGUAGUUCUAGCAACAAUAAUAAUAGUAAUAAAAAUGAUCACAUUUCGGAUUAUUCAACAACUUUAGAAAACCAUGCAAAUGACAAGAAUUUUGAAACCAGUUACAUGCAAGGUGGUGGUGAUUUAGAUGAGCCUGCAUGUAGGACGGAGACUGAGGUGGAGAAGGAAGCGUGGCGGUUGUUGAGGGACUCGGUUGUGACUUACUGCGGCAACCCUGUGGGGACUCUGGCGGCCUGUGAUCCCGGAGAUAAGACGCCAUUGAAUUAUGAUCAAGUUUUUAUUCGAGAUUUUGUGCCGUCGGCUUUAGCAUUCUUGUUAAAAGGAGAAGGAGAGAUUGUUAGAAACUUUCUUUUGCAUACUUUGCAAUUGCAGAGUUGGGAAAAAACUGUGGACUGCUACAGUCCUGGACAGGGGCUAAUGCCUGCAAGUUUCAAAAUCCGAACCGUACCCCUUGAUGAUACAAAAUUUGAAGAAGUAUUAGACCCGGAUUUUGGGGAAUCCGCUAUAGGUCGCGUUGCACCAGUUGACUCUGGAUUGUGGUGGAUUAUAUUAUUGAGAGCUUACACCAAGAUCACUGGUGAUUAUGCAAUGCAAGAACGGGUCGAUGUUCAAACGGGCAUUAAACUAAUUCUAAACCUGUGUUUAUCUGAUGGGUUCGACAUGUUCCCUUCGCUUUUAGUUACUGAUGGCUCAUGUAUGAUUGAUAGACGAAUGGGUAUUCAUGGCCACCCUUUGGAGAUCCAAUCGUUGUUUUACUCAGCUCUAAGGUGUGCUCGCGAGAUGCUUGCAACAGACGAAGGAUCGAAGAACUUAAUGAGGACGGUUAACAAUAGACUUAGUGCAUUAUCUUUUCAUAUCCGAGAGUAUUAUUGGUUAGAUAUGAAGAAAAUCAAUGAAAUAUAUCGAUAUAAAACCGAAGAGUAUUCAACAGAAGCGAUAAACAAAUUCAACAUUUACCCGGAACAGAUUCCUUAUUGGUUAAUGGAUUGGAUUCCAGCGGAAGGGGGUUACAUGAUCGGAAAUCUACAACCCGCGCAUAUGGAUUUCAGAUUCUUUACACUUGGUAAUAUUUGGUCAAUUGUCUCCUCUUUGAGCACUCCAAAACAAAACAAUUCAAUAUUAAAUCUGUUGGAAUCCAAAUGGGAUGAUCUUGUUGGCGAUAUGCCUCUUAAGAUCGUCUACCCUGCCGUGGAAAAAGAAGAGUGGCGUAUAAUCACUGGUAGUGACCCGAAGAACACACCAUGGUCGUAUCACAACGGCGGAUCUUGGCCAACUCUGUUAUGGCAGUUUACAUUAGCUUGCAUCAAGAUGGGAAGAAUAGAACUAGCAAGAAAGGCUGUGGAUAUUGCUGAAAAAAGAUUGUAUGCCGAUCACUGGCCGGAAUAUUACGACACCAAAAGCGGUAAAUUCAUAGGGAAGCAAUCUAGAAUGUACCAAACAUGGACAAUUGCUGGAUAUUUGACAUCUAAGAUGCUUCUAGAAAACCCUGAAAAAGCUUCUCUUUUGUAUUGGGAAGAAGACUAUGAUCUUCUUGAAAUAUGUGUUUGCGCUUUAAGCAAAACCGGCAGGAAGUUGUGUGCUCGUGGGGCUGCUAAAUCACAGAUUCUUGUGUGACAAAGUUACAGGUAGAAGAACCCCUUGUGUACAGUAAUACCAUAUCAAAACUUGCAGAAAGUUAUAGAUAUAUUGGUAUAAAAAACUGCUAUUUUUUACUA